CGCGGCUGCCCUCUCCUGGAUCCCUCGAUUUCGUUUCUCAUUUUGCCCUAAAAUCUCAACUUCUCUUUGCCUACAUAAAGCUUCUCUUAUUGCAACAGUCUCCGCUCAGCCCCACUCCCUUUCACUCUCUCUUCUUGGCUUUAUUGUUAUAAUCAAAGUUAUGCUCUUCCCCGCAACCCCAUUGAUGAGCCCUUUUCAACUCAAAGCUUCCACCUUCAUCCUUAAUUGAAGUUUCUUUCUUUCUUUUUCUUUUCUUUUUUCUGGGGUUUUCUUAUACUUGACCUUUUUGGUGGUUUUCUUGAGAAAAAAUGGCAGAAAAUCUCGACUGUUCGGCCACGAAUCUCCUCUGUACAGAGAACACAAGCUGUUGCUUUGAUGGUGAUCUUGAUUUCAAUGCCGUGGAUGAGUUUGGGGUUUCCCCUGCCUUUAAAAACCAGACCUUUAAUCAAAAUGACCCUUUUCUUGUAACCAACGGAUCAACUUCUUUGAUGGGUUGUCCUGGUUUUGAAUUACAAAGUGAUGAUGUAAUUAAGGAAAUGGUUGAAAAAGAGAUGAUGCAUUUGCCUGGAGAUGAUUAUCUCAAGAGACUGAGAACUGGGGAUUUGGACUUGAUUGCCAGGAGACAGGGCAUUGAAUGGAUUUGUAAGGCUUCUGCUUAUUUCAGCUUUGGACAUUUGAGUAUUUGCCUAUCAAUUAACUACUUGGAUAGGUUCCUAUCAAUGUAUGGCUUACCUAGAGAUAAGACAUGGACAAUCCAACUGUUGGCUGUUGCGUGUUUAUCUAUUGCAGCUAAAAUGGAGGAGACAAUGGUGCCUUCAUCUGUAAAUUUGCAGGUAGGGGAACCAAAGUUUGUGUUUGAAGCUAAAACAAUCCAAAGAAUGGAGCUUUUGGUUUUAAGCACAUUGAAGUGGAGAAUGCAAGUUCUAACACCUUGUUCCUUCAUUGAUCACUUCUUGAGCAAGCUUUGUAACGAUCAAUAUCCGUCAUCGACUUUGAUCUCUAGAUCAUUACAACUAAUAUUGAACACGAUCAGAGGUAUUGACUUGUUGGAGUUCAGACCUUCUGAAAUUGCCGCAGCGGUGGCCGUUUCCGUUUCUCUUGAAACGCGAGGGUUCACCGUAGAUAAAGCUAUUUCAUCAUUCAUCAUUAUACAAAAGGAAAGAGUGUUGAAGUGUGUUCAAGUGAUGAAAGAUUCGACACUCAUCGACGGCACUGCAGCUCCUUCAGCUUCGUGUGUACCCCAAAGCCCCAUUGGGGUAUUGGAUGGCUCAACAUGUUUGAGCUAUAAAAGUGAUGAAGCAAAACAUGGGUUAUUUCCGAAUAGUUGUCAUCCCAGACCAGACAUUAAAAGGAGGAAACUAGACAACAAAUCACCUCAACUGGAUGUCAUGUUCCAUGAGACCUGAAAUUGCCCUUUGCUUAGUUUUGAAUCUGGUUUUGUUGCUGGAAACAGAGUGAAAAUGAGAACAUACAUAGGAAUAAAAUCUCAAGGCCAAAAAAAAAAAAUGUUCACAUAUAGUUUAAGAACCCACAAUUAUAUAUAUAUAUAUAUAUAUAUAUAUAUAUAUAU